AUGGCGCAGUGGAACCAGCUGCAGCAGCUCGACACGCGGUACCUGGAGUAGCUCCACCAGCUCUACAGCGACAGCUUUCCCAUGGAGCUCCGGCAGUUCCUGGCCCCAUGGAUUGAGAGCCAGGACUGGGCGUACGCUGCCAGCAAGGAGUCACACGCCACACUGGUGUUCCACAACCUGCUAGGAGAGAUCGACCAGCAGUACAGCCGCUUCCUGCAGGAGUCCAACGUCUUGUACCAGCACAACCUGCGGCGCAUCAAGCAGUUCCUGCAGAGCAGAUACUUGGAGAAGCCGAUGGAAAUAGCCCGCAUCGUGGCUCGUUGCCUGUGGGAAGAGUCGCGGCUCCUCCAGACGGCUGCCACCGCAGCCCAGCAAGGGGGACAGGCAACGCAUCCAACAGCAGCUGUAGUGACGGAAAAGCAGCAGAUGCUGGAGCAGCAUCUGCAGGAUGUGAGGAAGAGGGUGCAGGAUCUGGAGCAGAAGAUGAAAGUGGUGGAGAAUCUCCAGGAUGACUUUGAUUUUAACUACAAGACUUUGAAAAGCCAAGGAGACAUGCAGGAUCUGAACGGAAACAAUCAGUCGGUGACCCGGCAGAAAAUGCAGCAGCUGGAACAAAUGCUCACGGCGCUGGACCAAAUGCGAAGGGGUAUUGUGAGUGAGCUGGCUGGACUGCUGUCAGCCAUGGAGUAUGUGCAGAAGAUGCUGGCAGAUGAGGAACUGGCAGACUGGAAGAGACGGCAGCAGAUCGCCUGCAUUGGUGGCCCACCAAAUAUCUGCUUAGACCGGCUUGAGAACUGGAUAACCUCUCUUGCCGAAUCACAGCUACAGACCCGGCAGCAGAUCAAGAAGUUGGAAGAACUGCAGCAGAAAGUGUCCUACAAGGGUGACCCGAUCGUCCAACACCGGCCCAUGUUGGAGGAGCGGAUUGUGGAGCUGUUCAGGAACUUGAUGAAAAGCGCUUUCGUUGUGGAGAGGCAGCCCUGCAUGCCCAUGCACCCCGACCGGCCCCUGGUCAUCAAAACCGGCGUGCAGUUCACCACCAAAGUCAGGUUGUUAGUCAAGUUUCCAGAGCUGAACUAUCAGCUGAAAAUUAAAGUCUGCAUUGACAAGGACUCUGGGGAUGUUGCAGCGCUUCGGGGGUCCCGGAAGUUUAACAUCCUGGGGACAAACACCAAGGUCAUGAACAUGGAGGAGUCGAACAACGGCAGCCUCUCAGCAGAGUUCAAGCACCUGACCCUGCGGGAGCAGCGGUGCGGUAACGGAGGCAGAGCCAACUGUGAUGCCUCGUUGAUAGUCACUGAGGAGCUGCAUCUCAUCACCUUUGAGACAGAGGUGUAUCACCAGGGGCUGAAGAUUGACCUGGAGACCCACUCACUGCCUGUGGUGGUCAUCUCCAACAUCUGCCAGAUGCCCAAUGCCUGGGCAUCCAUCCUGUGGUACAACAUGCUGACCAACAACCCCAAGAAUGUGAACUUCUUCACCAAGCCCCCCAUUGGGACCUGGGACCAGGUGGCAGAGGUGCUGAGCUGGCAAUUCUCUUCCACCACGAAGCGCGGCCUCAGCAUUGAGCAGCUGACAACGCUGGCAGAAAAACUCCUAGGGCCAGGUGUGAAUUACUCUGGCUGUCAGAUCACCUGGGCCAAGUUCUGCAAGGAGAACAUGGCUGGCAAAGGCUUCUCUUUCUGGGUCUGGCUGGACAACAUCAUUGACUUGGUGAAAAAGUACAUCCUGGCGCUGUGGAACGAAGGGUACAUCAUGGGGUUCAUCAGCAAGGAGCGGGAGCGAGCCAUCCUGAGCACCAAGCCUCCGGGAACCUUCCUGCUGCGGUUCAGUGAGAGCAGCAAGGAAGGCGGCAUCACCUUCACGUGGGUGGAGAAGGACAUCAGCGGGAAGACCCAGAUCCAGUCUGUGGAGCCUUACACCAAGCAGCAACUGAACAACAUGUCAUUUGCGGAGAUCAUCAUGGGCUACAAAAUCAUGGAUGCCACCAACAUCCUGGUGUCCCCCCUGGUGUACCUGUACCCGGACAUCCCCAAGGAGGAGGCGUUUGGGAAGUACUGCCGCUCCGAGAGCCAGGAGCACUCUGAAGCUACUGACUCAGGUGCUGCUCCGUAUCUGAAGACCAAGUUCAUCUGUGUCACCCCCACCUCCUUCAGCAACACCAUCGACCUGCCCAUGUCCCCGCGCACCCUGGACUCGCUCAUGCAGUUUGGCAACAGCAGCGAGGGAGCAGAGGCCAAUGCGGGAGGGCAGUUUGAGUCGCUGACGUUUGACAUGGAGCUGACCCCGGAGUGUGCUUCUUCACCGAUGUGA